CAAUCAACAGUCAAUUUUUGAAAAUGUUUCGCUUUGUAGCCCUCUUCGCUUUGGUUAGCUUGGCUUGUGGUGCGUCCUUGCCAGACGAAUUAGAUGGACGUAUUGUGAAUGGUGUAGACACCACCAUUUCAGCUCACCCUUACCAGGUGUCCUUGCAACUCAAGUCCGGUUCACACUUUUGCGGUGGCAGUAUCGUCAGCUCUGAGUUCAUCGUUACCGCCGCCCAUUGUUUGCAAACGUAUUCGGCAUCACAAAUCUACGUUCGUUUGGGUUCAACCUAUUACAACAGUGGUGGCGAAUUGGUUUCUGUAAAAUCAUUCACUUACCAUCCUGGCUACAAUUCAAAGACCAUGGUCAACGACAUUGCUGUGAUCCGCUUGUCUUCUCCUGUGGCAGAGUCCGCCAAGAUUAAAUACAUCAAAUUGGCCGAAAAGACACCAGCAACUGGCACUUUGGCUGUAGUCACCGGUUGGGGUACUAAAUGCUACCUUACUUGCAUAUCUUUGCCCACUACUCUCCAAGAAGUCGAAGUAGAUAUUGUUGAUGAGGCGGCUUGCGCCUCUAGCACGUACAAGUAUGGUUCGCAAAUCCAGAAAACAAUGGUUUGCGCUUAUGCAGUGAGUAAGGAUGCUUGCCAGGGUGACUCUGGUGGUCCAUUGGUGGCUAACAGCCAAUUGGUUGGUGUUGUAUCAUGGGGUUACGGCUGUGCCAGGACUGGCUACCCUGGUGUAUACUCUGAUGUACCUUCACUACGCUCGUGGGUCGAGUCUACCAUGGCUAUUUACACAAUCAACAGUCAAUUUUUGAAAAUGUUUCGCUUUGUAGCCCUCUUCGCUUUGGUUAGCUUGGCUUGUGGUGCGUCCUUGCCAGACGAAUUAGAUGGACGUAUUGUGAAUGGUGUAGACACCACCAUUUCAGCUCACCCUUACCAGGUGUCCUUGCAACUCAAGUCCGGUUCACACUUUUGCGGUGGCAGUAUCGUCAGCUCUGAGUUCAUCGUUACCGCCGCCCAUUGUUUGCAAACGUAUUCGGCAUCACAAAUCUACGUUCGUUUGGGUUCAACCUAUUACAACAGUGGUGGCGAAUUGGUUUCUGUAAAAUCAUUCACUUACCAUCCUGGCUACAAUUCAAAGACCAUGGUCAACGACAUUGCUGUGAUCCGCUUGUCUUCUCCUGUGGCAGAGUCCGCCAAGAUUAAAUACAUCCAAUUGGCCGAAAAGACACCAGCAACUGGCACUUUGGCUGUAGUCACCGGUUGGGGUACUAAAUGCUACCUUACUUGCAUAUCUUUGCCCACUACUCUCCAAGAAGUCGAAGUAGAUAUUGUUGAUGAGGCGGCUUGCGCCUCUAGCACGUACAAGUAUGGUUCGCAAAUCCAGAAAACAAUGGUUUGCGCUUAUGCAGUGAGUAAGGAUGCUUGCCAGGGUGACUCUGGUGGUCCAUUGGUGGCUAACAGCCAAUUGGUUGGUGUUGUAUCAUGGGGUUACGGCUGUGCCAGGACUGGCUACCCUGGUGUAUACUCUGAUGUACCUUCACUACGCUCGUGGGUCGAGUCUACCAUGGCUAGCAUGGCUUAUCAAUUUUUGAAAAUGUUUCGCUUUGUAGCCCUCUUCGCUUUGGUUAGCUUGGCUUGUGGUGCGUCCUUGCCAGACGAAUUAGAUGGACGUAUUGUGAAUGGUGUAGACACCACCAUUUCAGCUCACCCUUACCAGGUGUCCUUGCAACUCAAGUCCGGUUCACACUUUUGCGGUGGCAGUAUCGUCAGCUCUGAGUUCAUCGUUACCGCCGCCCAUUGUUUGCAAACGUAUUCGGCAUCACAAAUCUACGUUCGUUUGGGUUCAACCUAUUACAACAGUGGUGGCGAAUUGGUUUCUGUAAAAUCAUUCACUUACCAUCCUGGCUACAAUUCAAAGACCAUGGUCAACGACAUUGCUGUGAUCCGCUUGUCUUCUCCUGUGGCAGAGUCCGCCAAGAUUAAAUACAUCAAAUUGGCCGAAAAGACACCAGCAACUGGCACUUUGGCUGUAGUCACCGGUUGGGGUACUAAAUGCUACCUUACUUGCAUAUCUUUGCCCACUACUCUCCAAGAAGUCGAAGUAGAUAUUGUUGAUGAGGCGGCUUGCGCCUCUAGCACGUACAAGUAUGGUUCGCAAAUCCAGAAAACAAUGGUUUGCGCUUAUGCAGUGAGUAAGGAUGCUUGCCAGGGUGACUCUGGUGGUCCAUUGGUGGCUAACAGCCAAUUGGUUGGUGUUGUAUCAUGGGGUUACGGCUGUGCCAGGACUGGCUACCCUGGUGUAUACUCUGAUGUACCUUCACUACGCUCGUGGGUCGAGUCUACCAUGGCUAGCAUGGCUUAUUACACAAUCAACAGUCAAUUUUUGAAAAUGUUUCGCUUUGUAGCCCUCUUCGCUUUGGUUAGCUUGGCUUGUGGUGCGUCCUUGCCAGACGAAUUAGAUGGACGUAUUGUGAAUGGUGUAGACACCACCAUUUCAGCUCACCCUUACCAGGUGUCCUUGCAACUCAAGUCCGGUUCACACUUUUGCGGUGGCAGUAUCGUCAGCUCUGAGUUCAUCGUUACCGCCGCCCAUUGUUUGCAAACGUAUUCGGCAUCACAAAUCUACGUUCGUUUGGGUUCAACCUAUUACAACAGUGGUGGCGAAUUGGUUUCUGUAAAAUCAUUCACUUACCAUCCUGGCUACAAUUCAAACAUGGUCAACGACAUUGCUGUGAUCCGCUUGUCUUCUCCAGUGGCAGAGUCCGCCAAUAUUAAAUACAUCAAAUUGGCCGAAAAGACACCAGCAACUGGCACUUUGGCUGUAGUCACCGGUUGGGGUACUAAACGCUACCUUACUUGCAUAUCUUUGCCCACUACUCUCCAAGAAGUCGAAGUAGAUAUUGUUGAUGAGGCGGCUUGCGCCUCUAGCACGUACAAGUAUGGUUCGCAAAUCCAGGAAACAAUGGUUUGCGCUUAUGCAAUGAGUAAGGAUGCUUGCCAGGGUGACUCUGGUGGUCCAUUGGUGGCUAACAGCCAAUUGGUUGGUGUUGUAUCAUGGGGUUACGGCUGUGCCAGGACUGGCUACCCUGGUGUAUACUCUGAUGUACCUUCACUACGCUCGUGGGUCGAGUUUACCAUGGCUAGCAUGGUUUCACUAUUUUGUAUUCAAAACAAGGCUCUUAGCAAUAUAUGUGAGAAAUUACAUCGUUUAAAUGUCCACCAUGAGCUCGUCUACGGUAUUCCAAUGUUGCGCUUCGUAAUUAUUAUUUGCGCACUCCUCAGCCUAGCAUUUGGUGCAUACAUGCCUCCUCAUCUGGAUGGACGCAUCGUGGGCGGCAAGGCUACGACUAUUGAAGAACAUCCCUAUCAAGUUUCACUCUCCACCAAGUUGGGCGGUCACUUUUGUGGCGGCAGUCUCAUUAGUGAAAAUAUUGUUGUUACUGCUGCCCAUUGUUUGCAGAGUUUCAAGGCUUCGAGUAUCCGUAUACGCGCCGGUUCCACGAACAAUAAAAAGGGUGGUGAAUUGGUGAAGGUUGCAGCUGUGAAAUAUCAUCCCAACUAUAAUGCCUCAACCAUAGAAAAUGAUGUUGGCAUAUUAAAACUUGCUACAGCUAUACAAAAAACGGAGAGUGUAGGAUACAUAGAAUUGGCUCAGACGUCUCCGGCUACCGGCACAUCAGCCGUAGUGACGGGUUGGGGUACCAAAUGUUUUGCCUACUGCUUAAUACCGCCUACCACUUUGCAAGCCGUCGAGCUGGAGAUUGUAAAACGUGCAGAUUGCGCUUCGAAUACUUACAAGUAUGGCGAUCUAAUCAAGGAGUCGAUGUUGUGUGCCUAUGCGUUGAAGAAGGACUCGUGCCAGGGCGAUUCGGGUGGUCCAUUGGUUGCUGAGGGAAAACUGGUCGGCAUCGUUUCAUGGGGUUAUGCCUGUGCUAAAAAGGGUUACCCUGGUGUAUACAGUGAUGUCGCCUCGUUGCGCGGUUGGAUAUUGGAGGCGACCGCCGAAAUUUAAAGGUGCUUUUAUACA